GGUAUGUGGACUUUCCAGCUGUUACAGUAUGUAGAACGAAUGGUGCUCAUGGUUUUGCAAGAUUACAGGAUAUUAGUAAAAAGAAUGUUGCAGAUACUGUAAAAGAUAAAACUGAUUUAUGGGCUAUGCUUAAUCCUAACAUAAUGACGAGAAUGAUGGAUGAAACUGAUAACAUAAAAAAAUUAACUAGAGCUCAAGCCAUUUCUCAACAUAGCCCUAAAAUGGCUCAAUAUCUUGCACCCAAAUAUGAGACCUUCAUUGUGUCAUGUAGAUUCAAGGGAAAGAAAUGUAACAAAACAAAUUUCAUAAAAAGGAUGAAUGGGGAAUAUUUCAAGUGUUUCACAUUCAAUAAUUCUGCGACAAUUAAAAAUGUUGGGCCGAGAUGGGGACUUUCUCUCACAUUCUAUUUGGACAGAAUCUAUGGCAUUGAUUUAAACUAUGAUAUGGAUGCAAUGGACAUUACAGAAUAUGGUGUUAAAGUUUCAAUUCAUGAACCAAAUACUAUUCCAGACAUGGUAAAUAAUGCAAUUACAAUUUCUCCUGGAUAUAAUACCAAGAUGGCACUAAGACAGACUGUGUUUGGGAAAAUGGAACAUCCCUGGGGUCAAUGUGACAAGUUUAGGGUAAAACUUGUUGACAUCGCCUAUGAGGCCACAAACAUUGCUUACAACCAGGACACAUGUCUGAAGAUAUGCCAGCAGCGAUAUAUUCAAGGGAAAUGUGGCUGUCUGAACAUUAUGCGCCCAGUUCCAAAUGAUCUUCUAAAUGAAACAUAUUGUUCUGAUAUUAGCGAUAAUAAUGAAAGCACAAUAUUCUUAAAUGACUUAAA